ACUGUGUAAUUAGUUUUAUUUUUAUCUAUAUCUAAUACUUUAUGUAUGUGCUCCAAGAUUUGAUGUGACGGAGAAUCUUGAAAAUUUUUUAAUUUUCGGGGUGAACUAAACAAGGCCUUAGAGGAGCUGCUAUCGAAAAUGCUGAGACUCCGUGGACAAAGCGACGAUGGUGGUGUCUCAACGGAGACGCCACACCAUGCAACCUAACCUAUGUCAUCAACUGCAUAGCUACGCCGACUCAAAUAGAUUUACUACAUGAAGAAUAUAUUCCAUAUUAAUCUAAUGAUAUUUAUUAGGUAUCAUAAUUAUUAUUGUUCUUAUAUAGAUUGAUCAGAUUUUGUUUGUCUCUCCGAGAAUAAAAAAUUACAUUCUUUAUUAUGUACAAAUAUGGUCCACGAAGCAUUGUCUUAUCUAGAUUAGAUAAGUAGAUCAGCCGUGUGAUUAUUUAAAUAAGGACACGUGCCAUUCAUUAAGGCUAGAGGUCCAUGUGAUAAUUGGAUCCCAAGUGGCCAAGUCCAUGCAAUUUAAAUCCGUGCUCAAUUUGUUUACCCAAUAAUCUGAUCAUCAUACCAUCAUCUCGGAGGAUGUAUGUAUGUAUACUGGAAAAUUAUUAUUAACCGAAAACAAUCGAUGAGGACGAAUAAUAUCUACAUGUAGAUAUCUACGGAGCUGAGUAUAUAUAUCAGAAAGGUCGGUGGUGGUGUGGAGCAAUUCAAGUCAGGAGUUGGACUCGGAGGCGACUCGGUGUUUAUGCACACGUAGCUAGAGUUCUAUAAAGGAGAAGACCCACGCCGCUUUCCCGUGCCGCUCCGCUCCGAUCCGAUCCGAUCCGCCGCGUGUUGCCGCUUCGCUCUCAUCUCAGACAUGGAGGAUGAAGCAGCCCUCGUAGCCGCCUUCAUGAACUCCACCGGGUGCGGCCGCGAAGACGCCUUGAACCGCCUCGCCAGCUCCGGCGGGCACCUCGGCAGGGCCCUCAACAGCUUCUUCUCCAGCGGCGCAGGACCGUCGUCCGGGUCCGGUCGCCGCCGUUCUCGCUCCCCACCGCCGCCGUCGUCGCUGCAGGUUUCGUCGUCGGAGGAGGAGGAGGAUGCGGUGCGCGCUCGGCCGCCGGCCCCGGUCCCAGCCCGCCGUACCAGGGUGUCUAGGUGGGACAGCAAGACCAGAGUUGAAAGGAGGAGCAAGAGCAGCCGCCGUCGUGAACGCCGCCGCCGCUGCCGCCGCGACCGGCCCCGUGAGAGUGGUACUACUAACACCGCUGGUGGUGACAGGGCUGCGGAUGACAACCGCAGCCAUCGCCGGCGCUUCCGUGAAUUCCGUGAAGAUAUCUUGUCUGAUGGCGAGGAGGAUGAGGAAACUAACAACAGCAGCCGCCGUCGCCGGCGGUUCAAUCCCACCGAGCUCACUUCUCAUUCUGAAGACGAGAAGAAAGCCGCCGACGACAACAAUAGCCGCCGCCGCCGGCGGCUCAAUCCCACCGAGCUCACUCCUGAUUCUGAAGACGAGAAGAAAGCCGACGACAACAAUGAGAAUGUCAUCGACGUCUCCUCUGAUGACGGCGACAACGACGACGACGACGACUACAUGCAGGCGCUGGAAGAGGCAGCCAGGCCGGCACGGCAGCCGGCGCUGCCGCCGCCGCAUCCGCGGAACAGGACGUUCGAGGAGCUGUUCAAGGUUCCACACUCGCUGACGUUCAAGGGCGGGUUCCACGACGCGAAGGUUCACGCGGCGCGGCGGGCGCGGUGGCUGCUGGCGAACGUGCAGAGCUCCGAGGAGCUGCCGCUGCCGUCGCUGCACCAGAACCGCGACGUGUGGGGGAACGCCCUGGUGGCCCAGUGUGUCAGGGACCGCUUCGUGCUCUGGCACGCCGACGCCGACGCCGACGCCGCGGACGACGGCGAGGGGGAGGAGGAGGCCAAGAAGGUGCUCGGGUACUACGACAUACCGCACGACAAGCUCCCCGUCGUGGUGGUCGUCGACCCGGUCACCGGCCAGGCCAUGGACGUGCUGCACGGCAGCGCCGCCUGCGAGUUCAACGACUUCAUGGUGCGCCUGGGACCCUUCACGGACAUGAAGCCCACCAUUCCUGUCGCCAUGGCCAAGAGGUCCACCACCAGUGUAUCACCCGGCGAGCAGAGCAGCAUAAGACCUGCAACGACGACUACUGCUCCGACGAGUUCUUCCGAACGUGCCGCCGGGAAUCGACAACAGGCACCGACGACGACGACGACGGUGAUGAGAAAACCUCCUGAUGAUGCCGUCGUCGUGGCUGCGGCGGCGGUGGCGCCUACAUGCGAGGAUCGACAAGAACAUGCACCAACGACGACGACGACGACGGUGGCGGUGACGACGGAGCCGGUGGUGGCACCUUGCGCGGGUCAGCAGGCGGAGUCGGUGGAGGAGAAGGUCUGCAAGGUGAGGGUCCGGCUCGCCGAUGGCCGUGUGGUCACGAAGGAGUUUGGGAGCCAGUGCGCGGUGGCUGCGCUCUUCGCGUAUUGCCGGUCAAUGCUGGGUGCCGGAGGAGCGCCGCCGCCGGAGAAGCCGUUCCGGUUGAUGCGCUUCGUGGGCCGGGCAACGGAGGAAAUCGGUGACCACAACCAGAACGCCUCGUUCGAGAGCUUGGGCCUUCACUUGACAACUGUCUCGGUUCACCUUGGCUAAACCACUUGACAACUGUAUUAUUCGUCCAUCUCGCACAGGCUAGAACUUUAAAAGAUGUACUAUUAAUAUAUUUUAUUUGAUUAAUAAAAAAUUUUUUAUAUUAAA